CUGCCGUCACCACGUGGGAGGGGUCUCUAAUAGCUGCAACCGGACCUGCAGCUCCACAGUCAGCAGAGCAGGACCGGCCCCCUCUCCACCUGCAGCCCGGGGACAGAGCCUGAAUCCCGGGGAGGAGAGCAUGAUGAACGGCCUGCAGGAGGAAGAGGAGGAGGAAGGUCUGGAGGACGAUGAGGAUUCGUCUCAACUGGAGAGGUUUAUGAAGGACCGAAGGAGAGCCAAGUCUCUUCCCGCGCUGCUGCUCGGUUCUCCCGGUAACAACGGUCCGAAGCGCGUAAAGUUCGCGGACUCCAUGGGUCUGAACCUGGCCAGCGUGAAGACCUUCAGCUCGCUGGAGGAACCAAGGAUCCCCAACAAGGUGUUGUCCCGCCACAAGAGCUUCCCACCCCCCCAGCAUGACUUCCUGAGCGACCUGUGCCAGAGCUUCAAACUCGGCCUGGACUUGGAGCGCCGCGCGCAGCGACUCCGCGUCGGUCUGGAGAGGGUCACCGUCACCAGAUUCGAUGUUCGGGGGCAGAUCCGGGUCCUGUGCGGCUGCAGGGACCGGGAGGUCGGGGUGAGAUACACCUUCAACAGCUGGCUCUCCUACGUGGACGCGCAGGCGCUGCCCGUGGCCGCCGCGGACCAGCCGGAUCGCUUCGAGUUCACCGUGUACACCCCCCCCUUCAUGGAGCCCGGGUCCGCGGUGCACUUCGCUGUGUAUCUACGGGGGGAGGAAGGGGAGUUCUGGGACAACAACGAGGGGAAGAACUACACCCUGCAUUACCGCAGCAACAGGCCGUUUGUCAGCGCGCCCUCCAACGCUAUAACCACACUAUAACUCUGUGGGGGAAAGGCUUUCUAUUCCAGCCCCACAAAUCUGCUGAAUAAAACCCACCCUGAGUUGUGGAGGGGUCUUUUCUGAGAUUAGGAAACUGGACUCUGCUCAGCUUCAGGUUUCUUUGAAUAAUGAAGGACCCUCCUGAUAUAGAGCCGAGGCUGCUUGUAUUUCUGCAGAUGUCCCUGGAUCCUCGCUGGAGUGGUUCUGGUCCGGCUGGGUAUUUGUUCCCUCUUUAAGGAAAUCUGCAGCUUCAGUGUCAACAACCUCCUGGACGUUUUGGAGCUGUUGUCUCUGUCUGAGCUCGGGAAUCCAUCUGGAAUGUAAACCCCCACAAACACAAGUUAUAUUCCUGUUCCUGAAGACACUUCUGUAAUCAAAGAUAAUUUACCAAAGCACUGAAGUGUUUGAGGAGGGGAUUCCUGUUGUUCUGUGAGGGACAAACAUGUCAACAACAAGCUGUUCUGUUCAACAGUCAGAUUGUAAACAGAAACAGAUGUUUUUAAGAAGCUUUAAAGGAUCAUGUCUGUUUUAAUCCUGCAGAGGAUACAUGUUUCCAUUCGUUGUUGCAUUAUGAUUGUUUGGAAAGUUUAAAAAUAAAAUAUGAAUGAAUGACUUGUUGAAACGGUGCAUGCAGCACGUUAAAAUGAGUCUGGUUUUUA